CGCAAUGCCUGGGGUGGAUCAGAGCUUACCUCUUAUCUUACUCCAAUCUGUAAAAGAAUUCUGCAGCAUCGAUUGACCUUUGUCGCUGUUUAACCGAAUAGUUGUCUUAAAAGCCUUAACAACUAGUAUUUUAUGGCAACUUCUUUCAUUGAGAAUUUGUUUUUCUGGUUCUUUCUUAUCUGCGUUUCUUUACUUCUUCUGAGAUGAUUCGCUCAAAAUCAGUUUGAGACGUUUUCUGUUUUAAUAAAAUUUCAGUUGAGCCCAAUUUGAAGGAAAUAAAUAAUAUCUGGCUCACAAAUAGCAAAUCACGAUUCUUUCUGUGGCUUUAAUUACAGUAUAUAAUAGCAAAGGAGAAUUUCUAAUGCUAUUUUAUAUUAAUUCUACAGCUUUUAGCAUUCCUUGGUGAAACUAUCAAAUCUGAGCCUCAAUUCAAUAAUUGGUAAUUAGUGGCUUUGGAAAUCACCGAUAAUGAACAAUAUAUUGCCCCUCUUUUCAUAUUGAUGGGUAAGGAAAAGUGCUGCUAAUUAAAAUAAUUUUUACUUUCACUCAGUGUGGCAUCAAUUUAGAUGAUUUUGUUCCCAUCAAAAAUAGUUGUUAGUGUGAAGCCCAGAAGAAUCACAAAUAGCAAUAAGAUGACUCCUAGGAUCUAGAGUUAAGGAUUUAUUUUACACGAUUAAGCUAGAAAAUUCUCAGUCUCAUUAUCUAAUGCACAGGAAUCUCAUAUGAAUCAAACAAAUCUCUUAUCAAUCGCAUGAAAUUGUCUCAGAAGUUGAACUGCUUCUAAAUUCUGAUCAAUAGCAAUAAUGUGCUUUUCAAAAUAAUUUCUAAUCUUCUUACAAUCUCUUUCGUUCUUUAUUUUACUAAGGUAAUGCUCAAUAAUUCUAGUUCAGAUAUCUCUAUUCUUACACAAGUCUUUUGAUUUUCAUUUGGCAUUAUUCCUUAUCGAACUUAUUCAAAAAAUUAUGAAAAAUAAUGAAAAUUUCAAAGGAAAAUCGUGAGUUUCUUGAAAACUGCCAAGGCUAAUUCUCGCAUUUUAUUAUAAGUUUUCCCAAUUUUCCUUUUUAAAGCAAAAUAUAGUUUCUCACUACAUGUAUUUGCAGAGUAAGCAUGAUUUUCUAGUCAUCGGGAAAUAAAUUCUUUACAAACUGACAUUG